AUGGAGUUGGCAGUCGAACACCGUCACUCUUUUGCCUAUGUGCCUCCUGGCGAUGCUUUCCCACGGGUCCUUCAGGCUUUGGAGGAUGUGGAUAUCCAGCCAAUGAUUCUGGAUGACCCAUCCACUCACGAUGGGGCCGACUACUGGCUUCACCCCUGUGAUUGCGCACCCAAGGCUUGGGGGGAGAAGCCGCCUGUUGAUCCUUUAGUCUACGCCCAGCUGCCGCCCGACUCCCCGGAAGCUUGGCCAACCUCUCAUCUUUCCGCUUUGCCAGCAGCUGGUGUAGAGCAGGAAAAGAAACAUUUCAGGGUGGCAUUGAAAGCAGCCCUUCUGUUUCGCAACGGCACGCUCUUUGACAAUUGCGACCACUACGACGACGAGAGCGAGGACGAGGACUGUCAUAUUGCUACGCCUGCCACGGCAGCUGGGUUCCUGGAUGUAGGGCUCCUGGAUGUGAGAAUCAAGCAUCUGGAGACAUCGUGCCCAGGAGGUGUGCAGAAGUGGGUGCUGGCCGUCAACGCGUUCGACGUGCAGCACGUAAAAAGCACAGCAGAGUUCGUUGCAGAGGGAGGUGAGGCAUCAGUGUACCGGCUAGACGGAUUGGCAUGCAAGAUUUUCAAGAAGAAGGAGGACUUCGAGAAUGAGCUCACGGUUCUCCGUGCAGUCCGACAAAAAGCGGCUCACCCCAACAUUGUGGAAUUGGUGGACUGGGCUGACAAUUGUAUCGUUUCACGCUUCUGUGCUGGUGGCACCCUGUUUUCGCGCAUGGGCAGUGAUCAUGGCUUCACAUGGAUGUCCCGCUGCGACGUGCUUCACGGCAUUUCAAAAGGGUUGCAGCAUUUGCACUGCAAUGAGCCGCAAAUUGUACAUGCCGACAUCAAAUCUACAAAUGUGUUCAUAGAUGAGAAGGGGCAAGCCAAACUAGCUGAUUAUGGCAAGUCGGUCUUUCUACAGCAUGGCCAAGUCGAGGUGGAACCCAAAGGAUUUGGCCCCCCUGGAUACUGCGACCCGUCCUGCAUCGUGUCUUCCAAAGUUCGUAAGGAAAACGAUAUUCACGCAAUGGCGAUGGUGAUUCUAGAGACAUUGACAAGGCGCCCUGCGGCUGUGCAGAAGGCUGGGAGGUUACAGUAUUCUUUUCAACACGUGCACACCACUGCCCAAGUUGCUGGCAUGGUUGAUAAGCGCGGGCUAUGGGCCCCAGCAAUCGCACAACUGCUUGCAGGACUUGCCUUUGCUUGUUCAGAUGUGGACAUGUCUGACCGGCCCACUGCUGCCGAGCUAGCAAGUCAAAUACAAGGUAUGUUGAGUGACGAGACGUUGCAUAGCCCAUUUGGGAUCGCGCAAAUCGUGUACCUGGAUGGGUCGAUGUUCGACGGCGAGGUCUGCAGUUUGCAUCAGAGUUCUCAGCCUCAUGGGACUGGCACGCACCAAAGCCAGGAAGGGCAUUCCUAUUCUGGUGGGUGGGCUUGUGGCCGCAAGUCCGGCCGUGGCCGACAAACUCUUGCCAGUGGCAAAUCUUUCGUCGGCGAGUUCAGUGAAGGAAAGCUCGUGACGAUUGUGCGAAGAUUGGCGUGA